AUGUCUUGUGCAUUUAUGUUUGUCAUUUGCUGCAUCACUGAGAUUUGGCCCAGUGCAAGCAGAAGCUACUUGCGCCGAAUUGUGAACAUGCUGGACUCUUCAGCCGACUUCCUUGAUCGGGCUCGCAAGCUAGGGGCUAAUGAUGAAGAGCUUCGCAACCUGCAGGCCCUAGGGUACGAUACCUUCGGUAAGCUGGCCUUUGCUACCAGCUACACCCCAGGACAGCAGGAUGAGACAGCUCUGAAGCAGUUGGCGGCAGAGAUCACGGGCUCAGACCCUCCAUUAGCUGCGAGGUUGCCAAUUGUCCGGCGACUAUUCUUCGAAUCUUAUACAUUGGCGGCUGCUGACAUGCAAAUGAGAGUUGAGCGCAAAGAUGACAGUGCACCCAGAAAGCUGGCUAAUGCCGAGCGUUCAGCCAGGUACGAUGACCAACGGAAGUGCUUGAGUGGCAUUGACAUGACUGGGGAGCUGGAACCGAGCAACGCUCUCAUAGACCUCGUCUACAACAUGGCCGAGGAGGAUCAGUUGAAAUAUGUGCGCUGGGAAGAGUGUACCAAGCGUGACCAGGAGUUAAUGGGCAUCAAGGUGGAUCCAGUGUGGAAGCCAGAUAGCUCAGGGCUUAUCCGUGAGACCAAGGUGUCUGAAGCUUUGAAAGCAGACACCAACACUGACCUGAAAUUGAGGCUGGCGCUCCAGAGGAGGUCCUUGUCUUUUGACCAGGCACGAUUGGUGGACUACAAUGUCUUUGAAAAAUUUGCAACUCUUCAAAGUCAUGAUGCGCGAGACCAGAAGCGGCAUCAAGCCAAUCAGUGGAACAAAGCCGUGGAGGUAGCUCUUCUGAAAGCCAUGGAUGCUGCAGAGGUGCGAUUGCUACUUCAACCUCUUCAAGGUGGAGUCAAGCGCAAGGCAGAUGCGCUAGAGGAGGAUCCCAAGAAGUCAAAAUCCUCCGCAUCUUCAGGUGAGUAUGCAAAGCUGCAGCAGACAAUUGCCAAUCUCCAAGGCCAAGUGAAGAACUUGCGUGCCAAUUCGAGCCACAAUCCAACCAAAGGUCGCAAAGGUCGUGGCAAAGGUGCAAAGACCAAUUUGAUCCGCAUGCCACCUCAGCUGAUUGGUAUGGCCCCCACCAAUGCGCAAGGUGAACCCAACUGCUAUGACUUCAACCUCAAAGGAUGCAGCAAAGCCAAGCCAGGCGUCCCAGCCCCAAAGCCUUUGAGGUCAACUAAGCAUCCAGAUGGGCGUCCCAACCUGCAUGGUAUCAACAAGGAACGUGUACAACUUGCCAACAGUGUUUAUGAUAACAUUUGCAAAAUUCUAGCUAUGCUGCCUGCAUCUUGCAUCAUUUCCGUGGAGAAUCCUACACGCUCACACAUGUGGGCCACCUCGUGGUUUCGCAAGCUGAUCAAAAAGAGAUGCCUUUUUCCCAUUACAUUUCAAGCCUGUAUGCAUGGGUCGCUCCGGGACAAAUGGACAACAUUUUACACUAACUGCAGCGCUUUCAGUCCUCUUGCUCUCACCUGUGAUGGUGGCCAUACCCAUUUGCCAUGGGGUGUGGAUCGCAAAACUGAUGGUUGGCGCUUCAACACUGCAGAAGAGGCUGAAUACCCUGAGGAACUGUGCUCCAAAGUCGCUGCUAUCAUUAAAGAACACGCACGGCAACACAACAUUGUCCUUGUCCAACAGCCUCCCAACAAGAAGUACAAGCUAGAUCCCCCCGCAAACCAACUGCGAGCGGCGCAAAGUGGCCGGCAACCGCGUGGGAACUUGCUGCCGCAAAUCAUUUCUGAAUUUUCGCACAUUCGUUUGUUGAAGUGGCCCUUACAAUGGCCACGCCAAGCACCACGCAUGCUGACCGAACAGGAGAUGCAACAUUUUCAAUUGCCAUUUGCUGCCAAACUGCUGUCCUUUAAGAUGGGAGAGACGGGGACAGAUGAUGAAUGCAUUGCUGAAAUUGGUAUAUAUCGCACGCCUGAUCAAUUCACAGAAGAAGCUCUUCGACUUCAACACCCUUUUGACGACUGCAGCUCGGUCCAGGAUGAUGUAAAAAGGGCUAUUUUCUGGCUUCUCACGGAUGGGCCUAAGGUAGUUGCUGAACAAAGAAAACUUAUACUGGACAAUUACGAACGUCUUAGUAUGGAACUUGAGGGCGAGGAGAAAACGUUACAUGACCAAUUGGAUCCUGCACGUGAGUUCAUCAUUCGUGACAAGAAGAUCCUGCUCUUCAAACGAAUGUGUACUGAUGCCGGGGUUGAUGAUGACGGCCUGGCGGACAUAAUGCUCAAUGGAAUCAAACUAACUGGUGCAGGUGAGCCUACAGGUCAGUUUGAGCCAGACAUCAAAGAGCCUUCGAUUAGCAAUGUGCAACUAAUGAAGUCUUCGACAUGGACCCGCAAGAAGAUCCUUGCAAAAUCCACAUGUGGAGUUGAAGAACGUGUGCUCAAGACUGUUUGGGAAAACACUUGUGCCGAAGCUGAACGUGGCUGGUUGUCUGGACCUUAUGAGGAGGAAGAACUUGUACAACGCCUGGGCCCAUGUUUGUAG